AUGGAGCAAGAAAACGGAAAAAAGCAACAGUUAGAAGGCUACAAUAACAACUAUCAGAUGACAAUUAAAGACUAUGAGCAAGCCUUGGAAAUUGCAAAAGAACGAAAGGAUCAAGCUCAAGAGACAACGGCAUACCUUAACUUAGGAGAAGCUUAUAGAUUUUACAAUCAGUUUGAAACGGCAAUUAAAUACUAUGACCAAGCCUUGGAAAUUGCAAAAGAACGAAAGGAUCAAGAUCAAGAGACAACGGCAUACCUUAACUUAGGAGAAGCUUAUAGAUUUUACAAUCAGUUUGAAACGGCAAUUAAAUACUAUGAGCAAGCCUUGGAAAUUGCAAAAGAACGAAAGGAUCGAAAUCAAGAGACAACGGCAUACCUUGGGUUAGGAGUUGUUCAUAGAUUGAACAAUCAGUUUCAAACGGCGAUUAAACACUAUGAGCAAGCCUUGGAAAUUGCAAAAGAACGAAAGGAUCAAGAUCAAAAGACAACGGCAUACCUUAACUUAAGGACAAGCUUAUAGAUUUUACAAUCAGUUUGAAACGGCAAUUAAAUACUAUGAGCAAGCCUUGGAAAUUGCAAAAGAACGAAAGGAUCAAGAUCAUGAAACAACGGCAUGCCUUAACUUAGGACUUGUUUAUAGAUUGAAGAAUCAGUUUCAAACGGCGAUUAAACACUAUGAGCAAGCCUUGGAAAUUGCAAAAGAACGAAAGGAUCAAGAUCAUGAAACACAGGCAUGCCUUAACUUAGGACUUGUUUAUAGAUUGAAGAAUCAGUUGCAAACGGCAAUUAAAUACUAUGAGCAAGCCUUGGAAAUUGCAAAAAUACGAAAAGUUCAAGAUCAUGAAACACAGGCAUGCCUUAACUUAGGACUUCUUUAUAGAUUGAAGAAUCAGUUGCAAACGGCAAUUAAAUACUAUGAGCAAGCCUUGGAAAUUGCCAAAGAACGAAAAGAUCAAGAUCAUGAAACACAGGCAUGCCUUAACUUAGGUGUUGCUUAUAGAUUGAACAAUCAGUUUCAAACGGCAAUUAAAUACUAUGAGCAAGCCUUGGAAAUUGCAAAGGAACUAGAAAAUAAACAGAAAGGAAUUGUUGCGAGAAAUGCAAUUGAAGAGUUGUCAAGAAUUGCAGGUAUGUUAAGGCAUUUGAAUGUCCUGGCUGGUUCAGCGAUGGAUCCAGCAUGAUCUGGUUGGGGGGGGGGGGUGCUCCGCAAAAAAAAUUUUUCGGAGAGCAACAACCUCCCCCCUCACCCCCGUGGACAACUGUUUAGGGAAAAAAAUUUUCCGGACGAGUACGUUGCAAUUGCUUUCCAGGAUCUUUACACGUCCCUCAACUUACCUCACUACUAAAAAUAAAAUGUUCAAUUUUGGGUUUAAGUGAAAAGUUAAGUAAGAAUUAUUUGGGAAGCUCUAAGCGGUAACACUACCCUAUAACCUAAACUCAAAGUUUGGAAACGUAAAACUUGCCUGACACCAGAAAACCUUUAAACCCAGAGUAGGGUAACUAGGCCCAGUUGAUGAAUGAGAAUGCAGUUGCCCAUGGACAUCUUGGGUAACACAUUUUAACUUUUUGCAUGUAUUUGUAGCUUCGCUAAAUAUAAUAAUUUUUAUACACGAUGCAAAUAUUCAUGCAAUGCAAAGACGGGGACAGAAUGAGAGCUUGAAUCGAUGCAAUUAUCUGCAUGUGGGCCAAUAUAUUGACACAAUGCUUAAGUAUAUUUAUCUAGAGCAAUAUUGGGUUCUUUCUGGCUGCGUUUUCGCUAACAAAAUCUUUCCUCGCUUUGACUUCACUGCAAUAAUGUUAAUAAGAUUGUAAUUUUUUUCUUUAGAUUUAGAUGCAGUCAAUGAUGAUUAUAAUACUAAUUGCGAUCAAAAUUCUAAUUCAUUGGGUGACGCUCAACUUCAGCACAAAAGUGUUGAUAGUGUGAACCAAACAGACAUCGAAAACGGAAGUAUUAGUGACCAUAAAAUUGCGUCUGCAGAACAACUAUUAAUCUUGGGACGUUCUUACCAAACGCAAGGCCGAAAUGAGAAGGCUGUCAAAAGCUACGAUCAAGCAGUUCUAAUUGCGGAUGAAACAAAUCACAAUUAUAUCAAAGCGAGAGCUUAUCAAUUGUUGGGAAAUGUAUUUACUGGAACUUCCGAAUAUAUAAAAGCAAUCGAGUAUUAUCAGGCGGCACGACAAAUAUAUCCAGGCUACGAAGCAGAUGAAAUGGAAGUAAUAGCAUAUCAAUGGCUAGGUUACAACCACCUGCAAGCUGGUCAAUACCAAGAAUCAAUAGAGUAUUACAACGAAGUCGCAAGACUUGCCUCACAGCUUGAAUGCAAAACGAGAGAAAUCAAUGCUAGCAUAGGUUUAGGAAGUGCGUUCAGUUAUAUUGGCGACCUUGAAUCCUCAGAAAAGUAUUUCUUAAAAGCUAUCACAGUGGCAAAACAGCUCAAUCACAAAGGUCUUAAAAAAGUAGCUCAUACAAAUCUAGGACAUGUACAAUACAAGAGUUGUAAGUUUAAUGCAGCUGUCAAAUCGUAUCUCAAAGCUGAAGAAAUUUCUCUUGAUCUUGCUGAUAGAAAAGAAGAUGCCAACGCAUGUCACAUGCUCGGCCAUACCUUUCAACAAUUAAAGAAACACGAGAAAGCCAUUAAAUCUUACAAGAAAGCGUUAAGCAUUAACAAAGAAAUAAAGAAUAAAGAAAUGCAAGGUGUUUGUUUUGAGAAAGCUCUGGAGGGAAUUAUCAAUGAAUGGUGCGGUUACUGCUGCCUUUUUAUUGCUGGUCAACAUCAAGAAGCAAUAACAUUUUACGAGAAUGCGAAAGAAAUUGCCAAACAAGUUGGAGAAAAAUAUCAAGAAUAUCGCACAAACCAAGCGAUCGGAAAUAUCUUCUGCAACAUUGGUAACUACGAGAAGGCGAAGGAAUAUUACCAAGAGGCUUGGACAGUUGCCGUGGAACUUGGUGAUAGACAUUGUGAAGGAACAUCAUGUUUGAAUUUGGCAACAGUUUGUGGGAAAGAUUGUGAUUACAAGAUGGCGAUAGAAUGGUAUGAAAAGGCUCUGUAUAUUGUUAGAACACAUGUUAAUGAUGAUAUUCUGAAAGAGGAGGCUUUAACUGGUUUGGGAAUUGCCUGGUUCAAUCUUGGAGAUACUAAAAAGGCAAUUGACGAGAUUCAAAAAGCUCAAAAGUUGGCUAAAGAUAGUGACACAGGUAAUUAUUUUUGAUUAUCAGUAUGAAAAUAUAUAGAUGUCGUAUACAUAUAUAGGUAAGCAUAUGAUUGGCUUCAAUUUUUCUCGGCAAAUAUUGUAUAUAUUUGCAUGUUUUAAAAUUUUGAAAAUUGUACUUUCUUAUUUUGUAGGUGAACGAAACGUUCACCUUACGCACCAGCACAAAAGAUCUAGAAAGAAAAUGUUGUCCUCACAAACACCAGGUAAACGUGACAACUCCAGGUGAAUUAAUUUAAUGUUCGCACGAACAAAUUCGCCUAGUGGAAAAUGGGCUUUAUAUACAUGCAGGGUCUAUAAAAAUGGUAAUCCAACUUUGGCAUGUUAUUGUGCAUAAUAUAUUACGUUUAUCCAUUUACUUUUCUCAUAUUAAUAAAGAUCAGACUUUUAGCUGUCGAAUACCUUUCUUCUUUCAUUGCGAUCAAAAAUAGCCAAAUCUAAUCCAAUCGAUUUUUAAAAAAAUGUCGGUCGAAAUCGCAUUUUUCCACCGUUGGGAACUGCAUGUAAAGCUAUUGUCUUAGUAUUGAAAUUAUUCUCAUUUGAGAUUCAAAUUGAAGUCCCUUGAGUAAAUAUGGCCAUAGGCGUACGGGAGGGGGAAAUCUGGGGGAGGGGGGAAAUCAAAAAGCAGUUUGCCCGAAUUUUCCCCAUUGUGCCCGGCAUACUGAAAAAGGGAAGGGGGUUCGACAAAAACAUUUUUCCCAUUUGACGAAAUUCCAUGUUAGUUUUACAAAUUUCUGGUAUUUUCAAAUACUAUUUUGCAUAUGUCUUCUUUUUAAAGUUAUUUCCACCAAUUUUUGCCCGAAUUAUGUCUAUAAUUUGCCCGAACUUCAUUUUGACUGGGGGGCAAUUGCCUCCCCCUCCCGCCGCGUGGCGUAUGAACAUGGCGAAACCCAUGUGUAAGCAUGAAAUUUUGAUAAACUUUUAAUCGCCAUUUUACAUCGAAAUUGAGUGACUAAACCCAUGAACCAAGAGACCGGUCAUUAUUUAUGGCCGGGGGGGGGGGGCACUGAGGAGAAACGUUUUCUUGGCCAAAUUUUUUAGUGGCCCAACCACUUAUUUUGCUGUUGGCUGUCGCGCACCAGACCCUAAUUUUUUUUGAAAGUUCUUGCACGGGUGAGCACAAAAAAUAAGCCAUCUUGAAUAUCAGUGAUACAACUAUAACCACAAUGCAAUGUAAAGCGCUACGAAAAUGUAAUAAGGGGAAUCUAGUAUUUAGAACACGCAAUAAAAUAGCCCGUUUGGUUAGUGUUUUUCUUCCGUCUGCAAAAUAAAAACUUUCAUAUAGAUUCUGAAGUCAGUUUUGGGCAUCUGUUGCUCGAUAUGGCAUUUUUGCAAUUGGAAUUUUCGAAUAGAAAUUUACAUGCAAUUUCAGAUUAAAUUUUAAAUUGUUCAUAAAUUUUCGUUCUAAAAUUCCUUCUACAAAAAUCCCAUCUACAUUUACUUGAUAAAUUGUCUCUACAAAUCUUCCAGGACAUCACAUGUGGCACACUUGCACAUCAGUCAAUAUAUUUUUCAAUAGUGUCCAGUCACAUGGUGAUUGAUAUUUUAUAUUCAGAUGCAAUUGAAGACAAAGAGUCAGAAAAUGUUGUCAUGUGUGAAGAGAAAGAACCAGUAAUUACAGGUAUACGUCUAAUACAUUGAAAUAGGGGAAUAAUCCAGUAAUGAAAAAGGCAUAUCAGUAAAUAACUCCUUGUUCUAUUAGGCUAUUGGAAUGAAAUUAAUCAACAGUAGCGUGUGUAAAUUUCACAUUCAUGCAUAAAAAUAAUUCCUAAUAUUUCAGCUAUAUAUUGAUUUAAAUAUUUUGAACAAUACAGAUCAUAAAAUGUGGACAUUAACGUCUUAUUUAUUUUAUCAAAUAAAUUGAAUUAUUAUACAUUGUAGUUGGUAAAAGCAAUUUGAUUGGCUAAGAGCUUACAGUUAAAUCGCGCAAUCACGCAACCUACAGAAAAUUCAAUUUUCCGCUGGCAGAUAACUGAGUUAUCUGUAAAUGAGCCUGCGAUGAUUAGCAAGCGGUAUCUAUUUAACACAAACAAAUAUAUAAUAAAACAAUUAUCGAAUUCGGUUUUUACGAUAUGCAAAAUUAUCAAGGUCUCGGUAAGCGUUAUCGGCCUCGCCCUCGGCUGAUAACGCUUGCCUUAACCUUGAAAUUCCGCAUAUCACAAAAACCUCAUCCAAUAAUUGUUAAUUAUUAUUCAUUGUACUCAGUAUUUUCUCGUAUUCUUAUUGGUUGAAAGCCUACAGAUAAUUUUCCGUAUCUCGGUGCAAACAUGAACAUGACUAAAUAUCGUAUCUGCAUGUGAACAUGACAAAUAAAUAUCGUAUCUGUAGGUGCCCGCGUAUUUUUGCAGCGGUAUUUUGCAUGAAUUGGAAAAGAGCGGUAAAUUUGGUAAAAUUAUUUUGUUUUGACAAUGGCUUUUCCUCGUUUUGGUUUGAACUUGAUUGUUUUUGUUACAGAAUGAAUAAUAAAAGAAUUAUUGAAUUCGGCUUACGCAGGAUAUCAGAAUUAUUCAGACCUCGGUCAGCAUUUCAUUUAAUUUUUUUCAGGCGGUCGCGAGCGUGCAGAAGCAUUGAUGGAAGAAGCGUGCAACCCAAGCAGGACAGAAAGGUUACAUAUGAAAGACUUGGUUCUUAUUAAAAAAUACAUCGAAAUUUCAGCUUCAUACGUGUAUAGCCGCCAACUAUCAACUAAGGGACCUUUUACUGAGAAAGUUCGUAAAGCCAUGACAGAAGAUGUUAAAAAGUCAGCUUAUACAAACUUGUUGACUAAGAACGAUGAUAAACGCAGUAAAAAUGAUGGGGAAUUUGUCAAUUGGGAUGGACAAGUUUUCAACUUUGCAAAAAGCGAAGUAUUUAAAAAUUCUUCGACUCAAAUGCCUGCAAGACUGAAUGAACAUUUGGUCUCAUAUAUGAAAUCCAUUGGUCAAAUUGCAUGUGGCAGAGUUAGAGGGACAUGUUUCCUUGUGACAGACAUGCAAGUGAUAACUAACUAUCAUGUUUACAGAAUGAUUAAAGAUGAAAGAAUGGAGGUUGGAAAUCCUAACUUGCCCAUCACUGUUCGGUUUGAUUAUUUGUACCCUGAACAAACAGAGCAUAUUGUCACUGUGGAAGUUGACGAAGGACACCAUACGACACUUGAGAAUCCAUCGUUGGAUUACAAAUUCCUUCGUUUAAAGCAAAGCGAAGGUCUUACAGAUCGUGUUCCACUUGGUCCGAUGGUCAGAAAUUGGCAACUAUCAGAUGGUCGAGUAGUUAUCCUUGGUCACCCGGAAUGUAAGGAAAUGCAAGAGGAAGUCUGUGUUGUUGUCGGCUAUGAUGCAUGGCUUGACAGAUUGAAUGAAAGAUAUAAACAAUGUAGUGGCGUACACAUGACCAAUUCACACUUGUUGUGGAACGAUACAAAAUAUCAAGAUCAUCUUCCAUACGAGACAACCUUUUUCCGUGGUUCUAGUGGUUCUCCUGUUAUUGAAAUGAACGGAAACAUCAUCGCCAUGCACACACAGGGAUACGUUCUGGAUAGACCGAAUGAAAAUAGUCCAAAUCAGCAGGAAAAUGUCUCGCAUCAGGAGCAUCAAGAUAUUUCUAGACAGAGAAAUACAACAGCAUACUCCUUGAUGGAAUUUGGCGUCCAGUUUAUUUCAAUAUGUCGAGAUAUAAGACGAUGGCAUGGUGAAGAUGUUGUCAAACUAAUUUUCCCGAAUUAUGAAUUAAAACUUAGCGAACAGCCAGUGGAUGCAACUUAG